GUGGGUUUCUGAGGAAAUGAGGCGGGCAGAAGAAAAGGUAGAAUCAAAUUUAAAAAAAGGAAGAUAGUAAAGAACAACGGCGGACGGCAAAUCCAAGCUGACUAAACGCAGAAAUAGCAUCCCUCUAUCAGGCUUCAGGACCUGGACCUGGACCUGCAGCCUUGACGGGGUCAAACAUCCUCCCGGGUCCAGCUCUCCAUCAACCAGACCCGGGUCCUGCAGGACGGAGACACGGGAGAAGCAGCGGGUUAAAAGGAACGGAUUAAAAUAAAUAAAAGAGAAGAAAGUUAGUGAGAGAAAAGGGAAAGAAAAGCCGCCGGCAGGAUGAAGAUCUGGCACCUCGUCUUCCUGAUUCUUGCAUCUUGCUCCGCUGCACGAGGACGGAACGGCACAGCCGGCGGCGAGGACGGAACAGAUACAGAAAGUCCUGACGUUCCAACAAUCACGCCGACGGCUGAAAGAGAAACAGAAGCUCCAACUCCGUCCUCUUCCCCGACGGCACCGGCGGCACCGUUUAGAACAGCAAACACGAGCAGUGAAAACGGGACAACGGUCGGAGUGUUUGGCUCGGAAGACGAGGAUGAAGACCCAACGACCCACGCCACAACCCUCGCUACGGUCGCUAAAGAAACCCUGGGAAACGCUGACGUGACGACACAAUUACCACAAUCUGCCUCAUCCACACCAGGUUUUGUGGCCCUGGCGUUUAUAAUCCUGGUGAUCAUCGUCCUGUGUGUGGUUCUGUAUUUCCUCAGGAAAGCUUCCAGGACGUACUCGUUCGAUCUCCACCGUCCGAGUCCCAUGAGCCGCCACAGCGAGCCCACCGGCACCUUCGAGCCCGUUUACCUGGACGACCUGGACCACCCGGGCCUUAAAGACGUGAUGACAGUGGAGGGUUCACCCCCUCCAGUUGCCAACGGUUCCAGUCUGCCAUCAGAAGAAAAUGUUCUCAGUGAAGAAACCGCAGCUCCUGAGGAGCAGCCAGACUCCGACCAAGCUGACGGCAUCAUUGACCCUCCGAGUAGUGCCAACUGGUUUUUUGAUGCUCCGGAGGAACAGCAGAAUGAAAACAACAACAACCCAUCGGUUUGUUCCAGCGACCCGUUUGUGGAGAUAAACCUGGACGACGCCUGGGGCCACCAGCUUCUCAGCAACGACGCUCCAGCUUCUUCCUCCGUCGUCCCUCCAGCUUCCUCCUCCGUCGUCCCCUUCGACAGUUUCUCCCCGUCUUCCUCUCCCUCCCAGUUUCCUUAGUGCAGCAGGUUAACUCAUUGUUUCAAGACAAUACUUCACUUUGGUAAAGAAGCAUAACAUUUGGCACAGAUACUGUCCAAGGUCUACUCUUUAGGGAAAAGGCACAUGCCACUCAAAAUUCCAAGAUGGCGGCCCCAAAAUGUCCGACCCAAAAACGUGCUUUUUCCUUUAUAACUCGAAAUGCCUUGGUUUUAAGCCCCAUAAAUAUAUUUAAGCUGAAUAUAAAGAUGGGUAUUGUGGACAUUUUGGUACCAAGUACAUGUCUGUAUCCAAUACAGUUCUUGAGAUACAGCAUAUAGAAACUUGUACCCGGAAAAGUGAGAAUUUUGUAAGAUUGAUUGUUGUAUAAUACUAGUACAGCAGAUUAGUGAAAUGAUACUUCACUUUGGUAAAGAAGCAUGAGAUUUGGCACAGAUACUCUCUAAGGGCUACUUUUUGGGAAAAAGGUGCAUGGCGCUCAAAAUUUCAAGAUGGGGCCUUUUUUUCAACCCUCAACCUGGACCAGUGCGCUGCUUUGUCUGCCUAUCCGGCUUAGUUAAACCUGCGUGUUUGGAUUAUUUGGAUUAGUGUUUAUUAUUAUAUAUAUAUAUAUAUAUUAUUAUAUAUAUUAUUAUUUUGGAGUCCUUGUGCAAAGUAUCAGGUUAUGAGAGUAACAUUUUCAUAAAUCCAUAUUCUCGUAACAACAAUCAAUCUUUAAAAAAUUCUCACUUUCCGGGUAUAUAUCUCAAGAACUGUAUUGGAUAUAGACAUGUACUUGGUACCAAAAUGUCCACAAUACCCAACUUUAUAUUAAACUUUGAUAUAUUUAUGGGGCUUUUAUGAGGCAUUUCGAGUUAUAAAGGAAAUAGCACAUUUUCGGGUGGACAUAUUGGAUUUUAGGGGCCGCCAUCUUGGAUUUUUGAGUGGCAUGUGCCUUUUUCCAAAAGAGUUAGACCUUGGAGAGAAUCUGUGCCAAAUGUUAUGCUUCUUUACCAAAGUGAAGUAUAUACAUUCUAUUACAUAUUAUUCAAACUAUACACAAGACAUCUUAUUGUAAGGCUACGUUGAAAAUACCUUUGACCCCCCCCCUUUUUUUCAGUAAAAUGCUGUAAAACAUGCUUUUUCAUGAAAACUUUGUAAUUAUGAAUAUUACUGCGUGCUUUUGUUUAUGUGGAACUCAAAGGGAUUUUGUUGUUUUGUUAGAAAAUAAAGGUUUUAGUUUUAUUAUUAAUCAUUUGGACCAAAGUGACACAAGUACGAAACGGUUUCUUCAUUUUUCUAGAUCUGCACACGUCCUGUAAACUAGAAGCAGUUUCACGUCGUUGUAACUAAUAUGUUUUGUUUUUGAAUAAACAUAAUUUGAUAAGAAAA